AUGGUAUGUGCUUUAAGGGAUGAAGUUUUUGGCAAUAACAGAGGAGAUGAUGAGGACAUCAUGGAGCUCUUGUGGCAGAAUGGACAGCUUGUGCUUCAGAGCCAGAAUCAUAGAUCAUCAUUUAAGAAAUCUUCCAACGGCGGUGGAGGCGGCGGAGAUGGGGUGGCGGAGCUACCACAGUCCACCCCAACCACCAGGGAGAUCCGAUCCUUGGACAACGUCAUCAACAUGUCAAAUCACCAUCAGCAACUCUUCAUGCAAGAAGACGAGAUGGCGUCUUGGCUUCACUAUCCCAUGGCUAUUGACGACUCCUCCUUCGUCGACCACCGUGAGCUCUACCCCGACGACCUCCUCUACCCGCCGCCUUCAGCUCCGGCGGUUCCCUCAUCGCCGCCGCCCCAAAUCCACUCGGUUGUCACGGAGAUCCGCCCCCUCGCUCCGCCGCCGCUGAUGGCUACCUCCGUCUCUACGAUAUCUCCUCGACCGCCUCCCGUUCCACCUCCUCCGUCCACCGCGGCGGCGGCUGCGGCGGCUCCUUCUCCGAGGUUCCAGAACUUCACAUACUUCGCAAGGCUGCCAAAGGCCGCAAGGAUCGAGCAAUCAGGACCGUCCACCUCAGCACGGGAAGUUACGGUGGUAAAUUCCAACGAUACCCCCGCGAUGGGGGGGACGGAAUCGAGGGUUUCCCGGCGGGUAGAGGCGGACAGCGGGACGCAGCUUUAUUCCAGCGGAAAUGUCGGGAGUUUGACUAUGACCGCCAGCGUGACAGCUGGAGGUACGUCGACGACAGCCUGUGGGUUAGCGGGAGCGUGUGAGCCGACCGUGACGUCGUCGUCUCCCGGUGCCUCCGGCGGAAGCGCCAGCGCCAGCGCCGAGCCACCGCCGCUAACAAUUCAUAAGCCGAGCACAUCCGCCACGGAUGACCACCGAAAGCGAAAAAGAGCUGAAACAGAAGACACCGAGUGUCACAGCGAGGAUAUCGAGUUUGAGUCAGUUGAUGCGAAAAAGCAAGCUCGUGGAUCCUCGUCUACAAAGCGGUCUCGUGCUGCAGAAGUGCACAACCUUUCAGAGAGGCGGCGCCGAGACAGGAUAAACGAAAGGAUGAAGGCAUUGCAAGAACUUAUACCUCGCUGCAACAAGUCAGACAAGGCUUCAAUGUUGGAUGAGGCGAUCGAGUACUUGAAAUCUCUACAAUUACAAGUCCAGAUGAUGUCCAUGGGUUGCGGCAUGCUACCAAUGAUGUAUCCUGGGGUACAGCAGUACAUGCCAGCCAUGGGUAUGGGCAUGGGGAUGGGAAUGGGGAUGGAAAUGGGAAUGAACCGCCCUAUCAUGCCAUACCCAUCUCUUAUACCGCCUUCAGGAAUGCCGAACCCAGCUGUUGUGCCAGCAUUUCACAUGCGACCGGUUGCUGUACCAGGAUCAUCCAGAGUGCAAGCUCCUAACCAGCUUGAUCCCAUGCUGAAUUCCCUAGUCGCGCAGAAUCCCAAUCAGCCAAGAAUGCCAAACUUUGCCGAUCCAUAUCAACAGUUUAUUGGUCUUCACCAAGCGCAAGUAUCAUUACCACAGAAUCAAGUGGUGGUACAGCCCAACAAGCCGAGCAGUAGCAGAGGAGCUGGGGAUCCUGAAAAUCAUUUGACUGAGAACAAUCAUUGUGAUACCAUCAACCUAAUCAUUAACGUGAGUGAGCAAAAGGUUUCUGGUAAACCAGUGGCUGCUGCAGGCAGGAACAAAUCUUUUCAGACUUCUAAAGUUGGAUGUAAAUUGAUGAUUGAUUUUGUGAAUUUGCAGUCCGGCCCUUUCAUGUGA